ACGUUGGGAAGCUAUAAAUGGAAGUUGAACGCCACUCCGCUCCGCAAUCAUUGCUGGCAGUUUCGGAGAGAAAGCGAAAUGGCGUCGACAAGCCGUGGUGAUGCCCUAGCCCUUCCCAAAGUGCAAUGUCCAAGCCAUCCAGAUGCACUCUUGGUUGAAGACUACCGAGCUGGAGAUAUGAUCUGCCCAGAAUGUGGACUGGUGGUUGGUGACAGAGUUAUUGAUGUUGGAUCAGAAUGGAGAACUUUUAGCAACGACAAAGCAGCUAAAGAUCCCUCUCGAGUUGGUGAUGCCCAAAACUCACUUUUAAAUGGGGGAGAUUUGAGUACAAUGAUCAGCAAGGGAACCGGUUCAGCAAGUUUUGAUGAGUUUGGCAACUCAAAGUACCAGAACCGCAGGACUAUGAGCAGCUCUGACAGAGCGAUGUUAAACGCAUUUAAGGAAAUCACCAACAUGUCGGACAGAAUAAACCUCCCCAGAAAUAUCAUAGAUCGCACAAAUAACUUAUUUAAGCAAGUAUAUGAGCAGAAGAGCCUGAAGGGAAGAAGUAAUGAUGCAAUUGCUUCUGCUUGCCUUUAUAUUGCCUGCAGACAAGAGGGUGUUCCGCGGACAUUUAAAGAGAUUUGUGCAGUCUCCAGAAUUUCUAAAAAAGAAAUUGGCCGAUGUUUCAAGCUGAUCCUGAAGGCGCUUGAGACAAGCGUGGACUUGAUAACAACUGGAGACUUCAUGUCCAGAUUCUGCUCCAACCUGGGGUUGCCCAAGCAAGUACAAAUGGCUGCUACCUAUAUUGCAAGAAAGGCUGUUGAGCUCGAUCUGGUACCUGGCAGGAGCCCUAUCUCUGUUGCAGCAGCAGCCAUCUACAUGGCUUCACAGGCCUCAGCAGAGAAGAAGACUCAGAAAGAAAUUGGGGACAUUGCAGGUGUUGCUGACGUCACAAUCAGGCAGUCGUAUAGACUCAUCUAUCCUCGAGCUGCAGAUCUCUUUCCACCAGACUUUAAAUUUGACACCCCUGUUGAUAAACUUCCCCAGCUGUAAAUUGCUAUAUGUAAUAUAUAAGUUGAAGUUUUUAUUUUCCUUUUUUGGUGAACUUUGAGUUUCAUAGAUAUUUACAAAAUAUUAUUUGAGCCUUCUAUUGAGAGAGAGAGAAGCUUUGUGAAGAACUGCAGGAGUAAAACAAGAGUACAGGACACAUUCCAAUGCUUACAAAAAGCGGACUGUUUGUAUAUGCUCACUAUUUUAUUUGUGUGUGUGUAUAUAUGUAAUAUAUAUAAUGUGCAAUGGGAAGAAAUGUAUUUAUAAAGCUGGUUGCAAAAAUAUUUCAUACUUUCUUUACGCUUUUAUAGAAAAUAAGCAAGUUUUCUAUUUUGUCAGUUGUAUGCAAAAUAUUUAGUAAAUUAAAAACAAAGUCAUUUAUUGAUAUGCCCAGAUCCGCUGACUUUAAAUUUUAGAAAUGGGAUAUGCCUUGGAUUGUGUUUAGCACGGACAUCAGCUUUCACUUUGGAUACACUGUUAUCCCACAAGGUGUGAAGUGUCUUUGAUGCUGUGGAGUAACAGGCCAAGGAGGACCCUGAAAAGAAAUGUGUCUGUGUGGAGACCAGCCAAUAAUCUAAGCUUAGGGGAACUGCUCACAGGUUGGAUCACUUGUGCAAGUCUGCAUAACCAGCACUCUGUUCCACAAGGUGUCACUGAGCCCUGCAGGAAGCAGUGGCUUUUUGUGCAUGCGGUUGUACUGUAACUGAUUACCUGUGCAAAAUGUAAAAGUCAGUGGUCUGGGUUUAUAAUACCCUUUAGCACAGUUGUACACUUGAUAUGAAAACUUUUUUUUUUUUUUUUUUUAAAAAGGGCUUGGUGUAUUUCCAGCAAGGAAUUGUAAAUGCAUUUGCAGUCAUAAUUGUAUGCUAAUUUACAAAUAAAAAAAGUCAGUGGGA